AUGCGCUUCAGAGCGUACACCACAGACAGCGAGGAUGAAGAGGACGAUCAUCUUUCAGUAUCAAGCGUAUCCGCUGACGAGCUGCCACCGGCUCCCACUGACAUGGACGAGGACGCUCGCUCGGAGUCAGAAGGCUCCAUACACGAAGACGAACUGAUGCCGACCGUGGCGUCGCGCAAGUCCAGCCGUGCACUGCAGUCUAUAUCUGAAGAUGAGGACAUGAGCGAUAGUGAAGCAGCACCUUCCAAGAACCCGCCUCGCAAGUCGAUGCCCAGAGGGCCGAUGAACGACCCGACGCUCAUUCCUUGGGCCCGGCAGCUCGGUGUGGACGCGCAAAAAAUGCACGUCAUGCAGACGUCUCUCUUUCGGGUACCAGAGGAAGAGGCUGCGAUGAGGCAGCAGGCGCAGACCCUCGCGCGCCGCAAACACUUGCUUUCGGCCACCUUGCAGCGGAAGCACAGCAGAGAUUCGGAGGGAGAGGGUCUCCGGGCAGAUUCGCGACAGCGAGCAUCCUUUGCGCAUGACGUCGAGCCGACUCCAUUCCGCCCCACGAGGAAGUACUCGCGUGUUGAUGGCUCCUCUUCGGCGGUGAGUGGCAGCGAGGGUCUUGUGGCGGAUGCUGGUCUGGCUUUUGGGCGGUCGUUCCGGGUAGGAUGGGGCCCUGGGGGCACUCUCGUUCAUCUCGGGCAGCUCUGUGGGCCGAACAGUACUCCCAAAGGCACAGCAAAUACAUCCGUCGUACAAAAAACCGUCGUCCCACUGUUCUCUGUCCCGGCUACCGAGGCCUCGGAGCUUGCCUCACGGCUCCUCAGUCAUCAUCUGGAAUAUACAGCAAUACAGGCGGAUGCGGACGGCGUACCGUUCGCGAAUCCCCGGCGUACAAUGUCCUUUGCGUCGCUAAUGACGCGGUUCCCAUCGACCGAACGCUCCUUCGAGGCGUGUUUGUUCCGCCUCGGACACGCUCUGUUUGACCCCAUCAGUCUGCGCCUGGCGGAUUCCAUUACCGCGGAUGUGCGACCGCGGAUCUCUACUAUCCGUCGCAAGGCGGCCCUCUCGCAAUGGCUGCAGGAGGCGAUCUCGUCGUCCAUCGAUGCGGACCUGCGGGACAACCCGGGGGCGGACUGGGCGCACGUCGUGUUCAUGCUGCUCACGGGCAAUCAAGUGGACAGGGCAUGCGAGGUCGCGAUGGAGGGUGGGAAUGUGAAGCUUGCGUCGUUGAUCGCGCAGUAUCCGGGAGAUGAGGAGUUCAGGGACGACCUUCUGUCGCAGCUCGCGCUGUGGCGCGAUGAGCGCGUUGACGCGCACAUCAGUGAAAAUGUACGAAAGGUCUAUGCAUUGCUGGCGGGCAUCGUUGACACGCUUGAGGGCUCGAAAGGGACCGGCGUCGAGCAGUGCCCUGAUAUCAACCUCGCCGAGGGCCUUAGCUGGAAACGCGCAUUUGGUCUACACCUCUGGUUUGGUCAACCCCUGGAAGCUUCGGUUGCGGACGCGUUCCAAUCGUAUGACGCGUCGUGGAAGGAGCCGACUUCGGUCGUGUCUGCGCCCGUUCCGUGGUACGCGGAGGAGGCACAGCAGGAAUCCCGCUCAUCGCCGUGGAAGCUCCCGUCUUCUGCGAAUCCGCCAGAUGCGCUGUUCUCUCUGAUAAGACUAUUCGCGGAUCCGGUGUGCUCCCUCUCCACCAUCCUUACUCCAUUCUCUUUUAGCGCAUCCCCAAUCGACUAUCGCCUCGCGUGGCAUCUGUACAUUGUUAUGUCCCGCUGUCUCCGGGUGCGCGACUUCGCCGAUCGUGGAUUACCCGGGGGCGAUGUUCUGACAGAGAUGGUCGGCGACGAUGACGAGCCCAUUGAAGGUCAUAGCCCAAGUGCUGACCUGUUGGCAAAUAGUUAUGCUCUACAGCUGGAGCAAAUGGGCAUGAUUCAGGAAGCAGUGUUUGUCCUUCUGCAUAUCGAAGGUUCCGCAGGGCGAGCGAGAGCGGUGAAAGCACUGCUUGGUCGAUGCGCUGGAAAGCUGGAUGACUGGACGACCCGUGGGCUUGUUGGUAGCCUAAAGCUUCCCAUGGCCUGGGUGCACGAAGCGAAGGCUGUGUACGCCCUCGACAAUAAUGACGUCUUCGGCGCCUACGAACUCUACAUCGGAGCUGGCCUGUACAACGCGGCUCACGAGCUCGCGGUGCUCGCGCUAGCGCCGGAUGCCGUGAUCCACCAGGAUUUCGCACUGCUGAAUGAAAUCUUCAAGAAGUUUAUCGGCCACCCUGUGGAUGGUUGGCAUGUGCGUGGCAAGGCCUUUAUGGAUUAUGCGCACGCAAUGACGCGGCUACCAGUGCUCCGUGCGCGCCUUGCAGAUGCUGGAGCUGCUGCAGACGCCGCUGAUGCGAGUGAGCUGGAGCAGCUCGCACAUAGCGUGCCGAAGCUGAUUGGCAUCUUGCCGGACGUGCUGCGUGACCGCUCUGAUACCCGACACAAGGCCGCCCUUGCGGAGAUGACUGCAGAGCUUACCCGCCGGCUGGACGAGGUCAAGCCCUUUGCAAUUCACCAGUCGCAGAUCCGCUCACCGUUCAUGAGCGAGGGCAUCCGACAGCGUAAUAUACAGAUGGCGGCGCUGGAGAGAUUCGUGAGGUCGAUCGAGGUUGCUUGA